AUGGUAGGGUUUGCUUCUGCCGGCUCUGGCUUUGCAACUCGAGUUCUACCAGGGAAUCUGUGGAUAUUCCAUUCCCUGACGAUACUUCUUGCCAUAAGCCGUUUGAUGUUAACGCUGGAGUAUCUCAUUGCCUCCGUAUACCUACCUCCCAAUACAGCGUUUAAUUUACGCUGUGUCACUUUAUUUAUGUUUUUGGACAGUUUGAUAUACAUUGCGUUUGCUGCUGAAACUUUCGUAGUGAUGGUAAAAGCGGACGAAUUGCCAGGUAUUGGCUUUGAGGACACACAUCUUAACGUUCGUAUGGGCCUCCUCACACUUAUUAUCAUCGGUGAUGGUAUUAUAUCAGUCACCAGGAUCGUCAAUAGGACUGUGGGUAAUGGCUGGACUCGCUGGUCUUUUGUCCAUAUAUUUGGGGUCACAAUUUCUGUGUACCUCUUAUGGCAGUCUUAUUUCGAUAUCACACCUACGGAAAAGCUGGGAAAGCUUCGACAAAAAAUGUGGACAUGCUUGCAUUUCCCAUUGCAUGCACUCCUGAUUCUUCUGUCUGAGGGCAUGCAAAUUCUAGCAUUGACCUUGGAUGUGUCGCUUAAACUUAAACGUUUGCGCGAUACUAUCUUGUCCGCUUGUGAUAUUACAAGGCCUACUACCUCGGAUGCGAUUGAUUCCAUUAACAGAACAAUUGCAAGCUUUGGAAUCGAUUUCACACAUGGAGCAAUGGAGGAAAAAUAUGCAAUUCAGGGCCUCCUGUGGGACCUCAGGCGUCAGUCCCGCCUCUGCCCUUCAGAGGUGGAGAGUGGUGCUUUAAAUAUUGAGAGGUCUCAUGAUAUCAUGGGAAAUGUUACCGUGGCGCUCUUCUCCAGCAUGGGAAUCACUCCGCCAGACGGCCACACAACGGCAAAAAGAAGCGAGCAUCUAUUAACAAUGUAUCUUAGGAUGUUCGGCUUUGUAUUCCUAUAUUAUUUCAUCGUGGCUGCUCUCGCCAUGUUUAUAUUUGCGGCAUUCAUCUUCUUGGUCAACCACGAUCCCACCAAGAGAGUGUUUCGACUAGGCGCCACGGGAACACGAGUGGUGGCAGGAUUUUCAUUGCUGAGUAUCAUAGCCUUAGUGUCGAAUUUUGACCUGGCUUAUAAGUACAUGACGAAUCCGAUCAUCCUCUUCACAGUAGCUCUGGCACUUCUUAUAUGUCUUUUGAGUGAUCAACUGUGGCAUACACUGGCCUUCUACUAUGCAAGUUUUGAAACUGAGAGUGGCAAUGACAUAGAGCUAGAUGCCAUACCUACCAACACAUGA